AAAAUGGAAUAACUACUACAAUUUCUCUUUUCUACUUUUCUUUACUUGUUGUUACAACAAUCGUUUAUUUGACAAUUUUCAAUGAUACAAUUUUCUAUUUUUACUGUAAUGUUUACGUUCUAUAUUAAGCUUUCACGCUGAAAAGAGCAACGAAAAGCCUAAUUAACAAUAAAAAAUUCAUUAAGUACUCUUUCUUAUUAAUAGUAACAAAAGAAUAGGAUAGGCCUGAACCUUUAUAUUUAUAUAAAUAUAUCGCGAAUACUAUGUGAUAAUAAUAGACUCAAUGCAUUGUUAAGCAAGAAAAGCUUUACCAAUACUCUUCUCGUAUUGAAAUGUUCUCCAGUCUAUUCUUUUCAAACCUGCAGCAACCGCCCUUAAGAGAAUAGCUGAAAAUGCCUGUUUUCGAAAAUUUGAUGAAGAAAAUUCGCUCGAAAAAGAAAAAGGAAGAGGCUCCAAGAGAACUUCAGUGUUAUUCAAAAGUAGUUAGAUCUAUUACAAACGAAGCUGUUUAUGUUUCGCCAAGCCGAUAUUCAAUAGAGGAAGCUUUAAGAAGUUCUACACCGUCCAGUCACGUUUAUGAAGAAAUACCAGAAGAUAAAUUAGAUCCAACAAUUACCGAAAUUUGGAGUAAAAGUUCAACAAGAACAAAUGUCAGUAGUCCUGUAGAAGUUGUUAAAGAGAAGUUAAAUAAAGAAAAUGCGGAAUACUUAGAUUUAUCUUCAAGACAGCAAGUAUCAGAAAGUUGCAAUAAAUUCUACGAAACAUCUACCGAUGAUACAUAUUCGGAAUAUGACUUACCCAAAAAGGAUUUAGAAUACGAAUACAUGAGAGAAAGAGUUAGGGAAAAUAGAUUAAGAACUGAAAAUGUUUAUAAAAAAAUGUUAAGUGAGAGCGGGAGCGACAGUGGAUGCGAACAAGUAAAGUUUACUAAAAAAUUACAUAAGAAGAAUAGAAUUUUAAAACCUGCCGAAUAUGUGUUACCUGAUUGGAAUCAGAUAUACGAACCCUAUUUAAACAAGAAUAGUAGUGAAAAUCGGAAAAAAACAGUUGAAUACGAUCCGAGAUUAUCUUGCAGAGUGACUGAUUAUUCCUUACCAAAAUCUGCUGAGAAUCAACGACAACGAUCAUCCACAGCUUCUAAUGUAUUCCUCGAUGAUUUAGUUUGGGCUAAUCAUAAUCGUGUAUUAAUGUUAGAUUUAUGAUUGUACAUUAUUUAUUUUUGAGUUGUUAAGAUAUAGUUAAAAUGUUUCAAUUUGUUUUUGUUUUACCUUAAAUACUAACUCUUUGACGAAUAUUUGCAAAGAAAUAUCUUUUCUUAUUUUACAACCUUUCUCUAUUCCAUCUUGUAGCAUCUUUUCAAAAAUCAAUCAAGUGGGUACGGAUAUUGUCUUUAACAGAUUAUCACUGUUACAUACCCCCUUCCUAUAUUAACAUUUAUACAUAAUUAGGUCCAGAUAUCAGUAUUGAAGACCUAAACUUCAACAAUUUUUUUAGUCAGCGCCAUCUAUAGGUAUAUCUGUAACCACAAUACAUAUUUCACGUAUCAGAUUGAUUAUUGCAAUAUCAUUUUAUGUUUUAUGUAUUGUUUUAUUAAGCUUUUUGCUCAUAUCCCUACAGUAGGCGUGCAAAAUAAGGUAUAAGAGCAUUAUUAAGGAUUUCGAAAUGCAUACAUUUAUACCAUCAAAAAUAGAAUUUUAUGCAGAACAUAUGUGUUAAUAGCCAGAAAUUUUUAAUCUAUAUAGUCUAAUCUAUACUUUCAGUUUGAAUUUUAUGUGUAAAGAAAAUGUUAAAACAAUUUAAAAAUUGGAAUUUUCAACUUAGUUAGUGGUCUUGUUUCUUCAAUAGCCUGUUAAAUUUUUAUGAAUGUCUGGAAGGUCGGCGAUGACAAAGCCUAGAGCUGUAGUUUUUAUUUAUUGUUCGUGCAUUAAAUUGUUAUUAGACCUAUACAACUUGGGUAUUGUUCACGAUCCCGGAAUGUGAACAAUUUCAAGGUUAAUUAUAUACUGUGUUGUUAAAACGAAACUCAUUCGAACAAGUGUCGGCUUUGCUUGAAAAAAAACUAGACAUUAAUUAUCCCUUUCAGUUAUUAUAAUUGCCACUUAGAGAAAAACUGUUAAAAGUUCAAAAGUAUUUUUAUUGAAAUAAAGAUAUAAUUUUGACAAGAGCCA